AUGGACUCGGAACUACAUACUUUGCCGCCCAAUCUUUCCCUCUCCUCGUUCAACCAAGGCAGGAGUAACGUAUCCGAGAGAUCAUCGGACCACCCCUCGCCGGGAAGGCUCCACACGCUCCGCAGUUGUGGUUUUUGUCGAUCUCGCAAAAUAAAAUGCGAUCGCCAAAAGCCAUGCGCUAACUGCCUCCGCGCUGGGUCAGAAUGUAUUUAUCCUGCGGGGCCAGGCAGAGCUCCGAAGCGACCACGUCGAGCUCCCGAUAAGCAUGUGCUCGAUCGGCUGGCGCAUCUUGAGGUGCUCGUCAGGCGCCUAGGUACCGAAGUGGAGGGCGGUCAUUUACCUUCCGUCCCGCCAUCAGAGGAACCAGCGGCCAACGGAGGCCCCGGGUCGGGGGAUGAGUCAAGCCAGGUCGAACAACAGUUUGGUCGGCUUGUGAUCGACGAGACGCGCAGUUGCUAUGUGAGCAAUAUUUUGUGGUCAAGUUUAGGCAACGAAAUUGAAGAGCUGCGCGAUUUACUGUACGAGCCAGCAUCGGAAGACGAAGACAUCGACGCUGCCACAGAUUCAUCUGUGGUAGAUUCAAUGACAUCUCUGGGCUGUAACGCCACGAUAAUGGGGUUUCAGGCGCUAGCACAGACUUUGAAGGCGUAUCAUCCACCACUAUCCCAGUCAGUGGCCUUAUUCGAGAUCUUCAAAGAGAGUGUCGCACCACUAGUACAUAUUUUUCAUAUGCCGACGUUGAUCAGUUCUUACUGGGAUGUAGUUGCGUCGCCGGAAUCAUUGGAUCGCAAUACUGAAGCAUUACUGUUUGCUAUCUAUUACUCCACCGUCAUUAGCAUGGAGUCACGACAAUGUGAACAUGUAUUGGGAUGUUCUCGAGCAGCAGCAGUCAAGCACUAUCAAUUCGCCGUGGAACAAGCAAUGGCACGGGCCGAUCUUCUCAACACCCAGAGUGUGGUUUUGUUACAAGCAGUAGUCCUGUUUUUGUCGGCUCUACGGAAUGAAGAUGCCUCACGCACAGCCUGGUCACUGACCGCGCUGAUAUUUCAUAUUGCCCAAGCUAUGGGUUUGCACAGGGAUGGGAGCGCAUUUGGCCUCCGACCACUGGAGAUAGAGAUACGGCGGCGCCUUUGGUGGCAUAUCUGCUUGCUAGAUAUUCGGUCGUCCGAAUAUCAUGGUUGCGAGCCGAUCGUGCACGAGUCUAUGUUCGAUACUAGGAUGCCCCUCAAUGUGAACGAUAACGACAUCACAGCUGAUAUGACAGCCCUGCCUACGGAACGCGAAGAAGCUACUGAGAUGACUUUCUGUCUCAUUCGUUGCGAGGUGAUGCGCAUUGUAUGGAAGACAGGCUAUGCCCCACCCAGCAUGCGGCGGCCUGGUCAACCCGCCGAGGGGCUCUCUCUUCCCGACCGUGCCGCCUUAGCCAAAGACCUGCGGCACCGAUUAGAGGAGCGCUAUCUUAAAUACUGCGAUACCACCAUCCCAUUCUUCAAGGUGUGCGUAACUGUCGCGCGUCUGAUCAUCGCUCGCACCUGGCUGGUCGUGUACUAUCCGCUCACUCAGAAAUGUGAUGGUCCCAGCUUGCCCAGCACUAUCCGCGACCGGCUGUUCAUCACCUCAGUCAGAGUACUUGAGUUAUCAAACGUCCUACUUACCAGUCCGGACAUCGCACAGUGGACAUGGCACUCCAAGACUCACGUUCAGUGGCAUGCAGUAGCUUUCGUCCUAUCUGAGAUUUGCUCGCGUCCACCGUCGGAGGACUGUGAUCGCGCCUGGGAAUACGCGCAGACAGUUUACAGUGGGUGGAAGAUGAAGGAGAACAAGGGUAGCCUCUGGCGGCCCAUCAAACGGUUGAUGGCCAAGGCACAAUAUGUCCGCGAGAUGCAAGAUAAUAACAACCCGGCUCCCAAGCGACAUUGGCGAGUGGCCGGAAUGACUACUGCAUCACCCACUGCUCCUUCACCCAGGCCUUCAACGAGGCCUAGUUCUAUGGGAACUUCUGGCGUGACACCUGAGGCUAUAAGGGGCGAGGCUCCGGGACUCAUUGAUCGGAAUGGCGUUCUAUCCACAGAACCACUUGACCCCUUUUUCGAGGAUUUCGCAAAACCAGAGUUUCUCUAUCAGGCUUCGGAAUAUCCACGCCCUGCAGACAUUGAUUAUAUCAUGAGUAACUGGAUUGGAAGUCCUAACGAUAUCGACCUUGGGCUCAAUGGACUCGCCCAUAACACCUAG